AGAUGGCGGCCGUGAAGAGGACCGUUCCGAUGCGAAUGGUGGGCUUGGCGUCCCUCCGGGCUGUCAGCACCUCCACCGUGGGCACCCUUCCGAAGCAGGUGAAAAUUGUGGAAGUUGGUCCCCGAGAUGGACUACAGAAUGAAAAGAAUAUUGUCCCUACUCCAGUAAAAAUCAAGCUGAUAGAUAUGCUUUCUGAAGCAGGACUCCCUGUUAUAGAAGCUACCAGCUUUGUGUCUCCCAAGUGGGUUCCUCAGAUGGCUGACCACACUGAAGUCUUGAAGGGAAUUCAGAAGUUUCCUGGUAUCAACUACCCAGUUCUGACCCCAAAUCUCAAAGGCUUUGAGGCAGCGGUUGCAGCUGGAGCCAAGGAAGUAUCAAUCUUUGGAGCUGCCUCAGAACUCUUCACUAAGAAGAACAUCAACUGCUCCAUCGAAGAGAGUUUGCAGCGCUUUGACGGAAUCAUAAAGGCCGCUCGAGCAAACAACAUUUCUGUGCGCGGGUACGUCUCCUGCGUGCUUGGAUGCCCCUAUGAAGGGAAGAUCUCCCCGGCUAAAGUAGCUGAGGUCACCAAGAAGAUGUACUCCAUGGGCUGCUAUGAGAUCUCCCUGGGGGACACCAUCGGUGUGGGCACCCCAGGGGUGAUGAAGGACAUGCUGUCUGCUGUCAUGCAUGAGGUGCCUCCAGCUGCCCUGGCUGUCCACUGCCACGAUACCUAUGGGCAGGCCCUGGCCAACACCUUGAUGGCCUUGCAGAUGGGUGUGAGUGUCGUGGACUCUUCUGUGGCAGGCCUUGGAGGCUGUCCCUACGCACAGGGGGCAUCUGGGAACCUGGCCACCGAGGACCUCGUCUACAUGCUCUCAGGCCUGGGCAUUCACACGGGCGUGAACCUCCAGAAGCUCCUUGAAGCCGGGUCCUUUAUCUGCCAGGCCCUGAACAGAAGGACGAGCUCCAAAGUGGCUCAGGCCACUUGUAAACUCUGA